CCUUAUUUCUUCUUCUUCUGAUUGUUUGCUUGCUUGAUUGAUUGGUUGCUUGAGUGCUUGCUUGCUUGCUUGAUUGAUUGGUUGCUUGAGUGCUUGCUUGCGUGAUUGAUUGAUUGAUUGAUUGAUUGACUGGCUUAUUAUUGAUUGAAUGGUUGAAGUAGUUGGAAGGUAGAGGAGCAUGUGUAUGAGUGAUAGAUGAUAGAGGAUCGACGAUGGAACAGAUUUGGUCGAGGAUAUCAGUGGUACAACCAGGUCUGCCGCUUCCAUUACUAAUGGCAGUGACGGAAGAGGUAGUGAGACAGAGCGCGAGGGAGAUGCAGCAAAGCUUGAACGGACAACAGCUAUGGAAGGAAGGUGUGGGGAUGGCGGUCAAAGCGCCGGAUUCCGUGUUCCACAGGUCUAUUCCGCUGUGCCUGGAACGAUUGAAGACAAAAUAUCUGGAAGGGGAAGAUCUUGUCCCCUAUCUACCUCAUGGGUUGAGAAAUGCGGAGAUCGGAAAGGGAAGGGGUAUAGGACUAGUGCCAGGUGCAUUUCUAGGUACAAAUUCUGGACCAGGAGGACCAGGAGGGGAGGGGAGUCGACGGCCAGGGGGAGAAGGAGUGGGGGGGAUUGCAGAUGAUGUGGCGGCGUUGUCUUAUUUUCUCUGUUUGCGCUUGUCUACUUUGAGCGAGGGUAAAGCUAGUGGAGAUGGAGGAGGAGGAGGAGGGAGAAUGGGGGGAUGGGCUGUAGGAAACCCUUCUUCUUCGUUGGUGUCAUCCUCUUCUUCUUCUUCUUCUUCUUCUUCUUCUUCUUCUUCUUCUGUUUGCCGAGUGUCGCAGAACGAUGGCUUUAUGGAUAUGGCGUCAGGGUUAUCAGGAGCAGGAAGAGGAGGAGGAGGAGGGGGUGAAGAAGUGGCAGAGACAAUGCCCCUUGUAAGCUGGGCUUCGCCCAUCAACGAAUCGAAAAUUAUUGCUCGUGUCCUAUCCAGCGCCCGAGGUGGGAGAGGGGUUGGAAGAGGAGGUGUAGGUGGAGGGGGAGGAGGAGGAGGAGGAGGAGGAGGAGGAGUGGGAGGGGGAGGAUUAGGAGGAAUAGGAGGAGUAGGAGGUGUAGGUGGGUUCAUUUCUUGCGGUUCUUUCCCAUGCUUUGUCCCUGCCGUUGAUGCGAAACCCAUGCCUGAUUGGAUCACAAGACUUUGCCAAGGGAAUGCUCAAGAGGAGAGAUUGUCAAAAGCAAUCCGGAGCGGGCCGAGCAAACUUAUGUCGGAGAAAGAAGGAGUGAAAAUUCUGGGGAAAUUGGAUUUCGGAAUCAAGAGAGCAGCAGGAAAGCAGAGCAAAUCGGCACAGGCUGUGGAGGAUGACAACCAAGGUCAUAGCUCAGAGAAGCCUGCGGCAGCGGUAGCAGAUGGAGGAGGAAGAGAUGAAGCAGCAGCGGCAGCAGCAGCAGCAGCAGGAGGAGGAGGAGGAGGAGGAGGAGGUGGUUUGCCGAAGUAUUUCAGAUCUGUGACUAUUGUGAAUAGGGGCAAAUCGGAAAUUUGUCUGGUGGAUAUCCGUGCGGCUCCAACGAUCGAGAAUAAAGUGGUUAUUAUCCAUGACGAUCAUGGCCUGGGAAAGUUCAGUGCACUUUCGUUGAUGGAGCGUGGUGCUGGUGCUGACGUCAACAACAAUCGCAGCAAUCGUCACAAGCCGAUCAUGGUUGUUCUGCAGCCUGGUGCUGAAUAUUGUGUGUCUGUGGAGUUGUGCUGCCAUCCGCAGGAGUCCUCCUUCCUCCAGCAAUGGCUGCUGUUUACAUUUGUGAAAGAAAAGGUUCUGCAAGGAGAGGAACGAACGUUUGUGAUUGGCCGUCGGGUGUCUGCGUUGGUGGCGAGAAACGCGGCAGAUGUUCAGCAAUGCCUCAGCUCAGAGGCCAAGCCAUUUUAUCCACUUGCUCUGCGGACUUUAUUCGAUACUCCUCCGACGACAUUUUACGUUGCGGAUCCACCACCUAUGCCUGUGUUCAUGCUGAACCAGCGGGCGAAGGUGCUGCCGGCAUACACCCAGAGUGGCCUUCUCUCGGCAUGGCCUGAAGCAUUCACCAUAUCUGGGAACAACGGGUCCGAUUCUCUCAACUUUUCGGUUGCACCAACUUCCAACUGCCCUCUUGCUCUGCCAAAUGCGCCUGUGGCCAAUCCAGCCUUUGUUGUUGCGUCACCCUUGCCGUCGUCUGUCCCACCUCCGUCGGUUCAUCUGUACUCGAUUCAGUCUGUGCCAUCAUCAUCUGCCCCUGGCUAUUGCAAUGUUCGUUCACAGCAAGCUGCAUUGUCUGGCGGUCAUGCUAUGGUGUCACGGUACAUGCCUCUCUCUCAACCUUCCUCCUUCGCUUCUAGUUCGCUUGCCGCAUUGGCUCUGUCUUCCACGUCAGCUGCUCUUACUAAUUGCAACCCUAUCCAGUUUCCAUUCACCAAUACACAGCAACACUCCCACGUGUUUCAGGGCCCUCCACCUCAAGGACCAUUGCAUCAGGGCCACAACUCAGAUUGGCAAACGCAGGUACCGAACGGCGGGACGCAUGUGCCGCUUCCGUCACCUUGGUCCCCGCCUCCAGUGGAAUGUCCCUGCGAUCCCUCCUCCUCCUCCGCUGCUCUGGGUGAUCGUCCCUUGAUCACACAGCCAGGGGCAUCAUCGUCAUCUGUUUACAACUGUUUACCGACGGGUGGCGACUUUGUGACCAGUGGAGUUCCACCGGGUGCGCGAGCGCCGAUCUCUCUGGUGGCUGGCCAUUUGGCAGCGACUCAUGCAUCGAAAGGCGGUUGCAGUGCAUCCAGCUGUAUAGGACAGUCUGUUUCUUCGAAAAAGCGCUGUUCGAUCGGAGCACUGCCGGCAGGAGGAAGUGCAUCUACUGUAAAAACAGCUUGGCAUGCAGUUUCUGGACCUUCGACCAGCAGCGUCGCCAUGGGUGAAGUGACUGGACCUUUGUCUUCUGGCCGAAAAUGGGUUGUCGCCAGCAGCGGAGGAUAUUCUGCGGGAUUGACAUCAAUUCACUCUGCAAAUGCAAUUGAUUGUGUAGACGGCAUCGCACAUUGUCGGAGCGCUUCGUCACACAAAGUGGUUGGACACACAAGGACUGCUGCGGAGUCCACCAAAGCAUGCCCAUGUGCGAUGAAGCAAUUGAGACAGCUUGCUCGUAUGCUGUCCUUGGAGGAGAUUGCAAUGGAGAGGGAUAUCAAGGGCCACGAUCUGUACAAUGUCCACCUUUCUGUGCACAGAUCAUCUUCUUUGCUGACGAUAUUCUCACUAGAGGUUCCAGGUCUACCAGAAAACCGGCCUUCGGUUCUGCACGGAGAUGUAGUGCAUAUUCGAUUUGCCAGCCAGCAGUCUAUUGAAUACGCGGCAUCAGUCUUUGCGGUGGAAGUGCGACCUGUGCCUCGACUGCUGCUUGCUUUGCCAAAAGGAGUGGUGGCGGAGGAGGAGAAUGCCAGAACGGUGCAGCUGGAGGCCUUGCAAAAGGAGCUGGUUCAUGUCCGGUUCACGUUUCACCGGUCCUUACUCAAGAGGAUGCAUGCUGCCUUGCUUCGAACUUCGAGAAUGGCGUUCCCACUUCUUCCGUGCUCAUGCCCAGAAGUACCAGGCAGUGGAUCAUCAGAGUUGGAGGGCCUUGCAGAUGGUAGCCUCCCGGGGGUUGAUAUUGAGGCCUUGGAUGUGGUAAAUACCAAGCUGAACAAGGAGCAGAGGCUGGCUGUGGCCAAAUUUGUUCAAGGUUGUCCUGGACGUGGCCCGUACGUCGUCUUUGGACCGCCAGGGACUGGCAAGACUAUGACUAUGGUGGAAUGCGCUGUCCAAGUGUUGAAGCUGGAUUCCACAAGGAUGUGUAUCUGCGCUCCAUCAAAUUAUGCUGCUGACAUUCUGUGCAGUGGCAUCGCAGCUAAAGGAGUGACUCCGUCAAUUAUGUGGCGGUUGAAUGACCCAAGGCGCACACUUGCGUCAGUGAAAUCUGAUGUUUUGAGUUUCUGCUGUUACAACAAGGAGUUUGAGAUGUUUGAUGUGGAAGUGGAUCCAUCAUGCUUCCGUAUAAUCGUGUGCACGUGUGGAGCGGCAGCAAUGCUACAGGAACCACCUCUCUCCGAGUCUGUGGGAUCAUUUUCACACAUUCUGAUUGAUGAAGCUGGCCAGGCCUUGAUCCCAGAAACACUGAUUCCUUUCGCUCUGGCGGACAAGAACACAAAGCUGUUACUUUGUGGAGACCCUCAGCAACUGGGCCCAGUGGUACAUUCUCAGCUUGCAGCAUCCUAUGGUUUGGCAGAGUCCAUGUUGGAGAGGUUCAUGAAGACGAGUGCUGCAAAUCAUAGUGGGAAUCCACGAAUGACAAAGCUGCUCCGUAAUUAUCGUGCCAAUAAAAAGCUGCUGGAGCUCCCGUCCCGCAUGUUCUAUGAGGAUGAGCUCAUCUCUGCCGCACAGGAGGAGGAGGUGGAACCACCAGCCGAAUGGGAUGAGCUCACUGGGAGGGAUUUCCCAAUGCUCUUUUAUGGAGUCAAGGGCCAGCAGAUGAGAGAAGGAGAGGCUCCAUCUUACUUCAAUCCAGUUGAAGCUUCAAGACUUGUUGAAUUGCUGGAAGGAUUACUUCAAUGCUCACACGUCAAUCCUGGAGACAUAGGUGUCAUGGCUCCUUUCCGCCGCCAGGUUCAAAAGCUUCGGAUGCUUCUGCGGUCUCGAAGUCUUGCAUCAGUGAGAGUUGGCACAGUCGAUGACUAUCAGGGUCAGGAAGAGAGGAUCAUCUUCAUAUCGACAGUGUUGACGAGGCCCGAGUCUCUGAGGAAGGUCCCGCUCCCAAAUUACAACAUUGGGUUUCUCUGCAAUGCAAAGCGCUUCAAUGUCGCAAUAACACGAGCAAAGGCCUUGCUUGUGGUUGUGGGCCAUCCACUUGUUCUGUUGGAGGAUGAAAACUGGCGAGAGCUCUUGAAGUACUGUGUGGCAAAAGACACAUAUCGUGGUGCUGGCCGCGAUCUUGUUCCGGGGUAUGAGAAACUUAGGAGAGGAAGAUCAAUCUGUGGAGGAGGAAAAGGUAAUGUCGCGGUGACGGUUGGGGAUGGACAACAUGCUGAGGAGCAGGGUAGAAGCGAGAAUGACGGCAACGUUGGUAAUGAGGGCAAUGCGACAGUCGUGGGUGCCACACGGAGCAACCAACCCGAUCGGCAGAAGGAGGCGAAUGGUUUGGAAGAUGGUGAUGCCGCUGAGAAGAGGACAAGGUUGAUGGGAAGCGAUGACGAGGAUGACAUCACAAAUGCUGUCGAAAGGCUAGCAGAGCUGUCCCUUUUGGGUAUGGGGGAUGCUGACAGGAUUUUCCCUGAGACUCUCGACGCUCAAGGUGAUAAGGGAUUCUGCGGAUUUUGUAUGGUCAUCCCACGGGUCACGUACAGGAAACUGGAACGGUCAGUGCUGCGAUUGCAGCCCACUGAUGAUGAUCUCUCAAAGAUCGCCAUGCAGAGAAUUGCUGAAAUUGCCUUAAGUCGAAGAGAUUUCACCUGUGAGAUGAAGCUUGCAAACUGCUCCCAGCGGUCCUGCAGAGGUAACGCCGUAUCCAAGGGUGCCGUGGUUCUUAGCCGAAGCCGGGUAGUGGCCCUGCUCUCGUGCAAUCAGACUCGACUCAACCACACUUUUCAUGCACGUGAACAACAGCACAACAACUGGCGACAUGCGCCCACACAGAUAUGGCUUCCAGAUUUCCAGUUCACCAAGAAGCGUGCCAACAGCCAGGAAGCCACAGGAAAUGGCCGGAAAGAAGCAGAAGAGGAGAGUAGGGUUAUGGACAAGGAGGAUGUGGAGGAGGAGGGAGAGUAGGAGCGUAACGGAGGCUCAGCAGCCUGUAGGUAUCUACAGAUGGACUACAUGGCUGGAUGUUCAAUGUUCGAUGUUCACCGACACUCGUGACGAUUGAAGAAACACAUCAUUUCAGACGGGGUAUCGUUCUUGGUUUCUUGGCGGUUGUCGUACGAACCUGACCCUACUUCCCGAAUUCCGAACCUAGGCGGUGGUCCCCACAUCUUCGAUCUGCUGAGAUGGAUAGGUCUGCAGCUUCAGUCGCACUGCAGCAGAGUGGAGGUUACAAGAAACAAAAUUGCGGUCCUUAGGUGGUGGUCCCCACAUCUUCGAUCUGCUGCCUGCAGAAAGUCUGUACACUUCUCCUGCGAACCCCUACGUCCAAGUUUGUGAAAUCACUGCGCGCGAUUCCGUAGUCUCAUUUGAAUUCAUGUUGAAUACACUUCAAGUGAAGGUUCUCUCGGCCUGUCAGUUGCCCAGGACACCACAUGAGGAGAUGGAGGAAUGGAGGAAAAAAGGGAGAAGGAAAAGAGAGACUGGACAGCCAGCUGUGGCUUUCCGUGUCCUGUGCCCUGUGUGCCUUUCUUGCUGUGGAUGACAGAGAUCACUACAUUCUAGCCUUGCUCUAAUGAAUGCAUGCCAAUGGC